UAAUGACAGUGCUUUCUCGUUCGCAGGCAAUGUGAAGCAAAACCAUGGAUAUCAUCUCUCAGCUACAUCUGGCAGUAUCCCCACCAACAGAGACACAUCCUAUAAUCCAGUGCAUAACUAACAAUGACCUCAAAGAGCUCAAGAAAUUACUGAAGCACAAUAAUGUUAAUGGAGUUUACCCUUGUAGCAAGUGUAGUGAUUAUAUAACCCCACUGAUCUCCGCUGUUGUAAAUCACAACACAGAUAUCUGUUCUUACCUUGUGCGUCAGGGUGCAGACCCAAAUAUACCUUCUCAACUCCAGUGGACACCUUUGCAUUAUGUCUCAUAUUCUAAAGCACCACUUUGUUUUGUGGCUCUGUUGCUCGAGGCAAAAGCUAGCCCAGAUGGAAGGAGUGCUCCAGUGCAACAAGAGAUACCCACACCACUGCAAGUUGCAGCCUUUGAAGACAGGGAGGAUAUCAUGAAAAGACUCAUCUCUGCUGGCGCUUUGGUGACACUUCCACCCAUAAAUGAUCCUCAGUGGCUUAUUAACAGUAAAAAAAUAUCUCAGAUGAUUAAUCACCUUGCAUCAAAUGGAGAUAGAGUGUGUUCCCAAAUUAGGCAUUUUUUUGAUAUGGAAAUUGCUGUUUGUGAAAAAACACCUGACGAAGUUUUUAAAAUGUUCAACAGUCACAUGUUGUUAGAGGAUCCUAGGUCUCAUCUGACCAUGACUGAAAUCCUUUUUACUGUAACUGGGAGAGGGAAAGAUAAAUACUGCCAGGCAUGUAUUAAAUGGCUAAAGAAAACUGGAAAUGUGAAUACUUACAUUGUAGGUGCAGCCACUCGCUUUCCAAACAUCCCUAAGACACAUGUAGGGAGGGCAGUUGAAAGUUUGAGUGCAGUUUUCUGCACAAUGGAUAAAAUAACAGAUGAGCAUGCAGUAGCUAUAAUUCCACAACUAUUGAAACUGCUUUGCUUAAAAGAGAGACCUGACAUCUGUGCAUCAGUGCUACAAACACUGUAUGUGAUAACACAGAAAACAAAAGGCACAAAGGACUGGCACGUCAACUUUUUACAGAACUUAUGCAAAACAGUUUUCCCUUUUGUAAAUGAGCAACACUCCACUGAGAUCAGGAUCUACACAUACGGUAUAUUCGCCAACCUGCUGUCAGCUGAAAAGGCAGCUAACAUUUUUAAAUCAGUGGCCAUAACUUCAGUGCCCGAGGACAUACUGACAUCUGUAGAAAUGGAAUUGAAUGAAAAACUGAAAGAGGUGCUGAGAAGUCUGAAAGAAUAUCUGAGUAAACCAAACUCAGAAUGUGAGGGAAACACAGCCUCAACUUUAGUCAGGAAGAAGAAAAAGAAAAGGAAAAAGAAGGAAAAGACCCAAAAGCAAGAAGACCCAAAUGAUGACAUUUCCACUGCAGCAACUGAUCAAACAACAAAGGUUUCUGUUGUAGAAUCAACUUCAAAUUUAAAGCCUUUUGACUACAGCACCAAUGGAAAAUCAGAAAAAGAAAAAUGGCUUCCAAUCAGUAACAGGUGGAGGAGAAAACUGGAGAAACUUGUUGGCACAGAUGACAGUAAAAUAUCCAGAAUCAGAAGCAUUAUUUAUGUGAAUGAUGCAGAAUUCAGAAUAGUGAAGGGAAGUGAUGGUACUGAAGUCUUCUUGGGGCUGAGAGAGGACGGCACAGAAGUUGCCAUUAAGAGAAUGUCUAAGAGCAACUAUGACGUGCUGAAGAACGAAGAAGGAAUCCUACGACUUCCUGAACUCGAUCAUCCUUAUAUCGUACGAUAUGUUGAUGCUGCAGAGGACGAGAACUUUGGAUAUCUUUGUCUGCAACUUUGUGAAUACACCUUGGAAGAAUAUAUCAAGAAUGAUGACCAUGACCCACUGAUGCUAAAGGAACUUGUAAAACAAAUUCUUGAAAGUCUAAAGGUGCUUCACUGCGGAAAUCCUAAAAUUCUUCACCGAGAUCUCAAACCCCAGAACGUUCUGAUUGAUGUUACUAGGAGGGCAAGAUUAGCUGAUUUUGGCAUAAGCAGACGCUUACUCAAAGGCCAAACAACUCUACAUACAAGCAGUGCAGGAACCAGAUGCUGGAUGGCUCGAGAGACUUUAGCAGAAGAAGCAGAAGAAUUUGUCAUAUCAUACAAGUCAAGCACUGACAUCCAGGUGGCAGGCAUGCUGAUUUAUUAUAUCCUCUCUGGAGGCCACCAUCCAUUUGGCAAAUCCUUUAAAUGCCUUAGGACCCACCACGCGGUCAAGGGGGGGUCAGAGUGA